AGGAAAGGGAGGACGAGUGUUACCUCGUUAUGUGCGUCGAAGCCUCAUUUUUGUCUGAUUGUGUGCCCAAGUCGUAUAUUUGUAAAGGAGAUGGCGUAUCCUUUAAAAUAUUCUACCAAGUGGACCAAUGUACUAGGAAGUGCCCUGUUAUUUCAGAGGUCAUGAAAUCAUGCUGAUGCUUUCAUGUAGUUCAGGUUGUGUUGUACGAAAUGGCGCUCAAAACAUACUGGCAUUAGGUACUCUAAUUGGAAAAUAGUGGAGGAAAUAACAGAAAUUUCUCAAGCUCCUUCCUCACCUUACCACUGUUGAUGCAAUCAAGUUAAGGUGCUACAGAUUACCCAUGAGAAUGUAAAGACAGAAUAUGUCUGUACAUUAUAAGUUUAAAUCAGCACUUGAGUAUGAUACAGUAACGUUUGAUGGUCUUCACAUAUCUGUGCGGGACUUGAAGAAAGCAAUUCUUCAUCAGAAACGGAUUGGGAAGAACACAGACUUUGAUCUUCAAGUCACUAAUGCACAGACUAAAGAAGUUUAUACGGAUGAUGGUGCUUUGAUACCCAAAAAUACUUCAUUGAUUGUUGCCCGCAUACCAUUGACAGCACAACAAAAGAAGGCAUGGGAUCGUGCAGAGUCGAAUCAGCAAUUGGCUGGGUUGUCCAAAGGGGUUGACAUGCCGAUUGAGGGACAAGAUCCAGGAGCUCACAGAUUAGCAAAGGCAGUUGAUUUAUCUAGCUUGGAUGCAAGUGAAGACGAUAAAAUACAGGCUAUGAUGACGCAGUCAACACAAGACUACAAUCCAGUGAAUUACAUGAAAAUACGGGGUGCUGGUCAGAUGGGAGAGGUUCCCAGUUCAUACCGUUGCUUCAAGUGUCAUCAGCCUGGACACUGGAUCAAAAACUGCCCUCUCGGUUUAAACCAGGAACCAAUAGAAAUCAAAAAGAGUACUGGAAUUCCACGUAGUUUCAUGGUCCCAGUGGAGGGUCCUGGUGUGCCUGGUGCAAUGAUGACCCCAACUGGACAAUUUGCUGUUCCAGCAAUUGAUCACCAGGCGUAUAAAGAAGGCAAAAAGGAGCGUCCUCCAUUUCAACAGGAACCAGAACCUGUUGUUGAGAAACCAGAGAUCCCAGAGGAUCUUCUGUGUAACGUGUGCAAGGAUUUGCUUGCUGAUGCAGUGAUGAUUCCCUGCUGUGGAAACUCCUUCUGUGAUGAAUGUAUCCGUACUGUGCUUCUUGAAUCGGAGGAUCAUGAGUGUCCUGAUUGCAAAGAGAAAGAUGUCUCUCCUGAUACGCUUAUACCAAAUCGUUUCCUUCGUAACAAUGUGAAUAACUUCAAGAAUGCGACAGGCUACAACAAAAGCACUGUGAGACAGCCUGUACCAGUAAUUGGGGUACCGUUAUUAAUGCAGCAGAUUCCGCUUGAACCUUCAGGAUCACUACAUGAAUUCACUGAUGCACCUGCAGGGGAUGUGCACCUAGUAAAGGUGGAAGUGAUUACAUCAGCUGGUAUUAAUGUUCAUCCACCACGUCUGCGACAACCAGUACCUAGCACAAUUCCUGUGUUAGGAUCGUCAUCACAUCUGGAACGUGGGUCAGUUGUCCGCCAGCCACAGCCAGGGCCACCUUCUUCUGGACUAGCUCUUCCUGGACCUGUGCAACAUGGAGGUCCUCCGUUGCUACCGCCAGAUGCUGGACAUGGAGCUCCGCCAGUUCACAUUCAGGAUCCCCAGAGAGGACACCCUCUGCGUCCACAUGGACACCCUUUGCCGUCACACUUGCAGCUUGUUCCUCAACCUCCAGGUGUUGCUGGACCAUCUGUGACCAUGCACGCCAAUGGUGGUCCUCCUGGUCCACCAGGAGUGCCCCUAACACACAUAAUAAUGCCUCCAGCUCAUGAGAUAGCCCCUCACCAGCCUUCCCAAGGACAGCCACCACCGCCAGCAGCUCAGCAGCCUCAGCAUAUGCCUGGGAUGCAUUCAGUGCAUCCUUCAGGUCCGAGACGGUCAGUGGAGGAGCGCCCUGGGACUCCAACAAUUGAUGAACACAACCAAGACAUACAGUCAGCUCCUCUGCCUGAUACAUCUGUGCCACCACCUAACUUUCCACCUGGUGAAGAGCCAUCAUUCACUUCUUCAGUAGGACCUGCACCACCGCAGACUCAACAACCUGUAGCUCAGCCUAUUGAGACCCUUGGAGCACGUUUCCAGCAUCGGAUGCCAGUCCCUCACUCGUAUAGAGGAGAACAUCCCUAUGGACAAAUCAGGCUGGGUGGUGGUGGAGGCGGUGGUGUGGAGUACUUGCCCCCUCGCACGUUGCCACCGCCCCUACUGCGAUCCUCCAUCUCUACCUCAGCAUCCUCAUCAUCAGAACACAAUAGGGUGCUACUGCUGAGGCAGCCCCCACCGGUUGCCACGCCUCUCGUUGACUCUGCGUUCCCUGCUGGAAAUUUUACAUCACGUGGUUCUCAUUUUGAACAUGGGCAUCCAUCUUAUCAUCAUGAGGCAGGGUCAUUACCUGGCCCCAGACCUCCACAUUAUGCUGAUCUGGAUAGAGAUGGCCACCCAGUGCGAGGUUCAUUCAGAGGGUAUCAUAGAGGUCGGGGAAGGAUAAUGCAUGGUGGGUAUCGUGGCAGCCACAUGCACCAUCAACCUCCGCCACCAGGACUUAGUCGUGGGGGUAUCCAUAAUGGAAAUCAGGCAGGGACAAUAGAUGAUCCACUUGAGGCAUUUGAGCGUAUGCUGAGAGAAAAGGAUGAACGUGAUCAUAAGUUGCGGCGUAGCAAGCGUUCUCGUUCACCUCGUUCCUACUCUCCACGAUCUCGGUCACGCAGCUCAAGUUCGCGCUCUUACACACGUUCCCGGUCAAGGUCGAGAACACGCUCAAGAACCCGGUCUAGAAGCAGGACUCCUAGGUCUCGCACUCCCAGAUCAAGGACACCGCGGAAGAGAUCCCGGACUCGAACGAGGACAAGAUCACGUUCCAGAUCCUUCACUAUUAGCAGGUCUCGGUCUCGAACAUUCUCACGAUCACCUACUCCCCGUCCACAUUCACCACGUGGUGGUAGAGAUUACUCUCCAAGACGUAGGGCAUCUCCACGUUAUCGGACCCCACCUCGGUCUCCACCAAGCAGAUUUCAGCGUUCAUACAAAGAUGUGCGCCCAGAGUUUGAGCCCCCACCAUAUUAUGAGCCCUCAGAAUUCCAGUACACUGGUCGAGGUGGUGGUAGGGGACGUGGUGGCCGUUUUGGACAAAGGAAGGACUACGGCACUGGUGGUGGAGGGAAAGAUUAUUACGAUGAGAGCUACUCUGGCAGCAGGUUUGGUCUGCCACUCCCAGGAAGCCGUGACAUGCACCAUCGCACCCUGGAGCCAUUACUUCCACACCCACCUGGUGUGACAACACAAAAUUUUCGUCGCUAUGAACACUUUGAUAUGGCACCACCAGGAACAGGUCCUGAUAUCCCUGGUAUUGGAUCAUCAUUUGAGAAGCCUCGCUAUGAACGCAACACCUAUGAGAAUCGGCCACUACCUGGUGAUGACUUUCUCACUCCACCUGGUGUUGACCACCGCUACAGGGAUCGUGACAGGGAUGUUCCUGGAAGCAGGGAGAGAGAUAUUGGGCCACCAGGUGUUAGGGACAGAGACAUUUGCCCUUCGGGUAUCAGGGAUAGGGAUGUUGGAAUUAGGGAUCGUGACAUGGGAAUGCCAAGCUUGCGUGACCGGGACAGGGAUAUUGGUCCUCCUGGAGUCAGGGACAGAGACUUGGGUAUUCCCUUGUGGGACAACAGAGACAGAGGAAGCAGGGAUGACAUGCCUCCUAGCAGGGAUGGCUUGAUUGGCAGGGACCGUGACAUGGGUCUGUCUGAUAGAUCAAGGGAAAAAGACAGAGACAGGGACCGAGAUGUUAGAGAAAGAGAUGGAGAUCGGGACAGAGGCAGAGGAGAUUAUUAUGAUGCCGAUCAUCGGCGGUCUUAUGACAAGAGUUAUGGCAGUUACAACUCUCCAGAUGUGAAGAAGCGUAAACAGUCUCUGUCUCCAGGACCAGGCCGGCAUGAGCGGUACUCCAGCAGUGAACGCCAUCACCGGCGGGGUGGUGACAGACGCAAGAACUCGGGCACUGUCCAGGUGCAACAAGGGGGCAAGGAGAACAGGCACAUGAGCCAGCAGCAGCCUGUGGAGACUGUGGUGGAUGCAGCAGGUGGUCAACGGGAGCGAGACAAGGACACCCAGAAGCGUGAGAGGGUCCUGGUUGAAGUUCGUAAAGAGCCAUCUGUGGAUCGCCUGAAGAAGGAUGACAAGGGAAAGAAGGAAGAAGACAAGAAGAGUAAGGAUAAGAAGAAAAAGAAAAAGGAGAAGGAGCCAGAGGGAGAGAAGUUAAAGAAGAAAAGACGCAAAGAAAAAAAAGAGGGCAAAAAGGAAGGGCAGGAGCCUCAGGAGAAAAUUAAGAUUGUGGUGAAAGGUGCAGAGAGAAAGGGGCAUCACAAAGAGAAAGAGGGAGAGGAGAAAGCAGAAACAGAGGAAGAUAAUAAAGUGGAAGAGAAACCAGCUGCAACAAGUGUGCCUGUGCAGCAGGAGAAGAAAGUGGUGAUUCUCACAUCUGGCACCAUUGUGGAAAAGGUAAAGGGAACUACCUUGAGGACCUUUGAUGCACCCCCCACAGAGAGCAUAGUUGAUGGAUUGUAUGGGGAUAUGGAGGACACUCGCAUUGAUGACAAUGUGAUUGCCAGCUAUGGCAAAGUGAUAGCAGAAGAGGCACAAGAAAAGAAGGUUGAAUCUGACACUGCAGACAAAGGAGCAGAAGUGGGCCCAGAACUGGGGGAUGGAGUUGAACUUAGGGUUAAGGCUGACACUGGCUCUGACUCUGAAGGUGCAGUCAAGUCUGUGACUCUGGACCCAGCAAAGGCCAAUGUGAUGCUGGCACCGUUGCCAGAGCUGUCAAAGUGGGAACUAGAAGAAGAGUUCACACCAGGAUCUUCAUUUGAAAAGAAAGAAGGUGAGGAUGGGAUUGGUGGGGGCUCACAGACAGAUAAAACUGCAGGAAAGAUAGUGACCUCAGAGGUGCUCAAACGGGCUGAAAAUGCCAUCUUCCAAAAAGCUAUCAAUGCUAUACGUCCAAUUGAACCUCCCAAGAAGAUAUCAGGUGACAGGAAGGUGUACACAAGCUCAGAAAAGAGAGCUCCUGUUGAAGUGGUGGUAGCAGAGACCGUUGAAACUCGUAAAGUACCCGAGAAGGACACUCGUGAGGCAAGAAAGACUGUGAACUCAAUCCAGAUCACAAUACCUACAGGUGGACAUGUGGAAAGGUCUGUGGAGAUUGCUUCAUUGGAGUCAAGUUCACAGCCAGUCACCAAAGGUAAGGGAAAGUUGGACAGGUCAAAGUUCAGCAGCCAGUGGGGUGAGGGCACAGACAGCACCUCUCCGCAUCGGGUUCCAGCCAAGGAGAGGUUGGGAGCUCGGGUUGAUGGAGAUGGGGACAGGAAGAAGGAGGACAACAAAGAGAGCAAGCGGCGUCGCAGUCGAAGUGAAAGUAGAGAGCGCAAGCAUGCAGCAGCCAAGAAGGGAUUGAAGAGUGCUAUUGAGAAGAAACACACCAUCUCUAGAUCACACUCCAGGUCUCCACACCACAGGAAGGAAAGUAAGUAUGCGGAAGAGGCACGACGGUAUGAUGGGGCUGGAGACAGGAGGUAUUUGUCAGGAGACUCAAGGAGCAAACGAGGGGAUCGUGAAGGGCGAUAUGCUGAUGUGGACAGGGAUAGGAGACCACUAGAUCGUGGUGCUGGAGGGGACAGUCGUAGACGGGAGCAUAGUGAGAGCAAGAAGUGGGAUGAAUCCAGGGAGAAGAAGGAAAUUAUUAAAAGUCCAGAGAGGAGGACAGAACGCAGUGUCAGUCAUGAAGCUAAGGUUGAGAAAACUAGAUCCAAACUCAAGGAAGAGAGAGAGAAAUCUAUGGAGAGAGGAAAAGCAAGACAUAAAGCAAAGAAGAAGACUAAGUACAGGUCAGAAAGCAGGAAUCGCAAGAAGUCGGUUUCUGAUAGAGAGUCUAAACGAAGCAAGAAGAAGGACAAGAAACACAAGAAAGAGAAAGGGAAGAAACAUAAGCAGAGAGAUGAAAAGAAAGAAGGUGAAAAUGGCAAGGAGGAUGAGGAAGCUGAAAAGAGUGAGGCACUGAAGGAAGUGAAAGCAGGUACAUCCAAUGAUGCAGCACCUGGAGUAAACAGAGACAAUGGAAAAAUCAUGGAGGCAUUGGAAACUGCAGGAGACCAGAGCAAAGACAAACCCAGGAAAGGUGGCCGGAGGAAUCCACGUCUGGCAAAUGAUCGCAAAAAGUCUACUUUAGAUGAGGCAAGUUUUGAGCCAGAUUAUGAUGCUUCCUCAUCUGUUGAUACUGACGUAGAUGAUGGAGGUGAUAAUGAGAAGAAACUGGAUGGAUCUGGUGAUAAGAAAUCGGAAUCAAAUGUGUCCCCAGGGAAGAAGCGUGACAGGUCUGCAAGCAUUGAUCCUGCAGUGGCAGAACAGAAACGUCAGAAGUUGGAUAAAGAGUCAGAUAAAUCAGAAAAAGCAACAACAGAUGAUGUUACUAAGAAGGAAAGUGGUAAGGCUGGUGCCACAAAGGGUAGUUCUACAAGAAAGCGCAACAGAUCAUUGAGUAGUUCUGACAGUGCAGAUGAUGAUUCUUCAGAUGAAGAUGAUGAUGAUAGCAGCUCUGGAAGUUCUAGUAGUUCAGAUGAUGAUUCUUCUGAUGAUUCUUCAGUACAUAGAAGACGGAAAAAGAAAUCACAUGAUCGACGACAUAAACGAAACAAGAAAUCCUCAAGAAGGGCAUCAAAUUCAAGCAGUGACACUGAAUCUGAGUCUGAGUCAGCAUCAAGUAGUGACUCAGAUGGAGGCAGAGGAAGGAAAGGAGGAGGGAGAGGCAGCAAGAAACACCGACACCGAAGUAAACUCAGCAAGAAGAAGAAGAAGUCAUCAAAACAUCGAUAAAUAAAAACUUGUCACUAGUCAUAGUCAUAGCAUAAACAGGUUUCUGUGGUAGAACAACAGGAUGGUGACAUACAUUGUACAAAUUGAUCUGCCAUUCACUAUGUUAUUUCCUUUUCCUCCUAAUAGACAGUUCUGAUAUUAGUUUCAGGGAUACAGAAUGAUGAUGAAGACUUUUAAAUAUAAUAUUAAAAUGUCAAGGAAAUUAUUUUGUCUGAUUAGGAGGCUGUACCAACUCUGGUUUGGAGACAGCAUUGGUAAUAUAACCAUUUAUAAUAAGUAAGUGUAUUUAUGUCCAAUGUUACUUUAAAGUAAGAACUGUGGUUUUAAUGUUCCAGUCUCCCAUUUUGUCUGAAAGAACAGAAUUGUGGUUAUAUGGUAGUUGAUAGGGUUUAUAAUGUCUGUGUAGUAGUAGUUUUGUGUUUGCUUCAUAUAGGUGUGCUUGGUAUUAAAGUACUUUGGUUUCAUUUCAGAAUGAACUCUUACAGACACAUAUUGUCUUGUGUGUUCCUGCAUAAUAUUAUUCAUCUUACUAAGAGAAAUGAACUUAUUCUGCUAUGAACUAAAACAGGUUUUGAACAUUUCUUUCUUCAAAUGUUCAUUUGUAAAUAAGUGAAUACAAUAAAUACAAAUAUGUUGCUAUACAUGA